UUAUUAGUCACGUGGUUGGUUAUAUUGUCGUCGACUUCCCGCCGCUGAGCGUGACUGUCUGUUAUAGCUCACUGCACAACCUUCAACGAUGCCUAAGGCUAAAGAAGUGCUGUCUUCCUCUUCUGGUAGUGAUUCAGACAGUGAUACAGAAAAAAAGGCCAAAAGAAAGAAGGCCAGUGCUCCUGAGAAGCCUGCUAAAAAACAGAAAAGUGGAGAGACCUCCAAACCGAGCGGCUCUGCUAAAAGUGACAGAAACAAUGAAGAUAACAUGUUCCAGAUUGGAAAGCUGAGAUACGUCAGCGUCAGAGAUUUUAAAGGCAAGGUUUUGAUUGACAUUCGAGAGUACUGGAUGGACCAAGCUGGUGAGAUGAAGCCUGGAAAAAAAGGCAUUUCAUUGAAUCCUGAGCAGUGGAAUCAGCUGAAAGAACAAAUGUCGGACAUCGAUGAUGCAGUUAGAAGAUUGUAAGAGCUCCUUGUGCUGCGAAUGGUUGUCUGGUUCUUUUUAGAGUUCCAUUCUUUGGUACAUGGGGACUUCCACAAAAUCUUUCCUGUUUCAACUUGUACGUAUAUGUAUGCUAUUAAAUUUGAAGAGACUUCUUUAGUUAUGUUAUUGUUAAUUUCCAAAUGUCUGCUGUUGGUUGUUGUGUAUGAAUAGUGAGUCCUGACUGUGUGACUAUUUUAUUAGUACAAUAGCUGCAUUGUUCUCAUACUCUGCCUACAUAAUAAAGGCUUUUUUGGUUUG